AUCCAACGCGUCGCAGUGAUCACGUUAAGCAAAGUUUUCGUGUGCCAUCAAGGCACGCGCCGCGUUCCCACAAGCUACACACUGCACGUUCGAUGAGCGCCUCUCUCAAAGGUAUCGACCCUCUCUGUGGGGAGAGGACGCGGUCCCUAUCGUGCCAAAAUAUCCCCACACCCGCCCGAGCAGUCGCAAAUCGAUUGCGAGAGGGCCUCUCCGGGAAGGUGGAUGAGUUUUCGCGGGGAACCGUGCUCGGACAUGUUUUCGUUUUCCGAUUUCUCGGAUCCUUGCGACGACACGGAAAUGCUCCGAAGAAUAGAAAUCGUUGGACAAUUGGCGAAGCGUGGAAAGAAGAAGAACCAGAAGGCCAGGAAGCGAAAAUCUCGCAUUGAUUUCGACGAGUGCGCGAAGCCGCGCCGACCAGUGCAGGGCAACCGCUCAAGUACGCACUCCGACCAAUCCACUCUGGAAGCAUGGCAGCCAAAGUGUCGCAUUGAUUUCGACGAGUGCGUGAAGCCACACAGACCACUGCAGAGCAACCGCUCAAGCACGCCCUCGGACCACUCCACUCUGGAAGCUAACUGUACGGUGAUGGGAACGACGUGGGAAUACACGCUGACCGGCUUCACCCGAUUUGAACGGAGACGUUUGGUUUUCCUCGAGCCUAUGCCCGCAUCAAGAGUGUGUAGCGUCUGCGGUCUGGUGUCUUUCCUGGUUCUGAACUUGCCAUGCGGUCAUGUCUUCUGCAAUUUCUGCAAAGUGCCGAUCGUAAGAAAACAGAAGUGCCCUAUAGACGGCAUUAAGUACGGUAAAUACGAUGCUCGUGAGAGUGCGAACUCCAACUUGGAAUCCCUUCGGGUUCUCUGUUGGGUCGGCGGAGCAAAGUGCGGAUUCGUCGGCACGCUGUAUGACGUCAGGCAACACAUGAAGAACUGCGACGCCGACGAAUACAAGUGUCCCAACUGUGGUGGCUCGGUCUUUCGCAGAGACGCGGUCGACCACUGCCACCAGUGCUACGGAGGUCACUCAGUGGCGGGCAGCGUGGUUCCGUCGAAUGUCCUCGAAAACCCUCGCGUCAGCGACAAGGACGCGGAAGCACAGGGACGGCGAGCGUCGUCGGAAAACACGACGAAGAAGAGCGCAGACGUGCAGGUGAGCAACUGCCUAAUGGAAAAAAUGGCCGAGCAUGAGGGCGAGGCGCUGCCGUUGGGCAAAGGAACCGAAAGCCAGGUCCACAGCUGUGCGCUUCAAGGUUCCUCGAAGGCGCCAAUCACCGCUGGACCAUACCGAGCCGCAUCUAAGCCGGGCGUAUCCAUCGCAAUGUGUGUCUUCAAGGACGUGCACACCAAAGCUAGUUUAGUCAAAGACGAUGAGAUGGACCUGAACAUAACCAGCGACCAGUGCACGCUAGCCGGCUAUACAUUUCGGGUUAGGUGCCACUUUCUCGGCAACGAACAACUGGGAGCCCGCAUUCAUUUUGUCUUCUUCCUCGAAAGCGGUGAGUGGGAUGACAACGUCAUUUGGCCGUUUGCCAAAAAGCUCACCUUGGUACUCUCACACCCAUUGGACGCGGAGAAAGACAUCAGGCUGCCUCUGACCGUGGCUGAAAAUGAGGACACUGCCAGGAAACCUGAUCCCCUGGUUCCUAAUAACGGCUGCAAGACACGGGACGUGCAUUGGGAUUGUAUUCUGCAGCACGGUUACGUUGGCAAGAAGAAGCUAUACGUGAAUGUAGAGAUGGAGUAGCGAAUGCGUGCAUGUGUCUUUUUUCGUGUUGUUUCGCAGUAUUGAAUGUCGUGUUGUAAUAGAUUACUGAAUGUGUUCGUCGUGAGGAAGCUGGGCCUGUAUACUGUAAUGUUUUGGCGCAUUUGCGCCGUUCAAUUUAAGCGCUGGCUAUUGGAGAAGCCAUUGACGUUGGUCGCAAGUUAAAUCCCAGUUUAUCCCUUGAUAAACUGGGAAAGUGACGUCGUCGGCAAACACGAUGUAGUACUUGUUUUUCUUGGAUCCCGUUACGUUUCAAUCGAGUUAAUAAAAUUAUGGCAU